GAACGUCACGCUGCACGCCAAGAACGAACCGACACCCGUUCAUCAAGCUGAUGAAGACAUUCAAAAUCGUGUGGCGUGGAUCGAGGAUGAGACCAACAUGAAGAAGUACGGCGUGGCCGAGUUUGGCGUGGCUGGUGAUGCCAUUCUCUGGCCGCAGCUCGUCCAAGUCCGCAUCUCAUCCACAGGCUGGAGUGUCCUCCGCUGUUACAACUGCGGUUUGGACAUGUACGCAACAGCACCUGGAACCGGUGACGCUACAGUCGUCUUUAACGUCGCUGUUGCUCCCGAGGACAUCGAGGCUGCCAAGGACUCGGCCGACUACUCGCCGGUCUUUGAGGUUGUCCUACCCAUGCGCGCGAGCCUGGCUGCUGAUACUGCGUCGAGCCCGGCUACUGUUGAGCAGGCGCGGUCUGUCGGCGAGGCAGAGAUCCUCCGCCGCCUUGUCGAGCGGACCAACGCGCGGGUCGAUGCCGAGGAGGCUGCCAUGCGCGACCGCAUCGCCAAGUACAAGGCCCAGCAGGAGGCCGCCUUUGACACCUUUGUCUCGCGCGCACACACCGACCGCGCUGUUCUGUGGAACCGGAUGUGUGGCCUGUACUCUGUCGACAACGAGCUGGUCAACACCGACCGCGUCCACACCUCGGGCGCCGCUGCCCUCGCCACCUCGCCCCACAUUGCCGAUGCCCAUCUCCCGUCGUCCGUCUCGUCGUCGUCGGGUGGUAGCAUGAUCACCGCCAUCGUCCCGGCUGCCUCGUCGCCGCAGCGGGACACGUCAUACACCUCGGCAUCACCGCGCUUCGGCUCGGCGUCGUCGCUGGGCAGGAGUGGCCCGGCCGCGUCGCCGGCACACGACCAGCCGCGUGCCGCCGACUCUCCAAAGCUCAGGUCGCCCCAGAAGAAGCAUCGCCCGUCGCCGGCACACGAGCGCGUCGAAAGCGCUCGCCCACCGGUUGCAUCGCCCUCCCGCCGCGUUCCUGCAGCGGGCGACAACGCUGAGGUCGACGUCUUUGACAACGACGAUGACUUUUACGGAGGCACCGUCUUUGCUUUCGAAGAGGACGACGACAUCCUCGGCGGCCAUGGCGCGUCGGCCGGCUCCACAUCGGGCGGUGAGCUGUACAUUGGCCGCCAGCCCGAUGCCGACGCCACCCUGUACUCUGACGACGAUGACGAUGACGACGACGACAACAACAAUGGCGGAGCGCUUGGACGCAACGCCCGCUUCGAUGCCGGCGUCCGCGCCACCUCGUUGUCUCCGGCCGCAGCCGACUCGCUGCUCGGCACUUCGGUCCCGAUCUCCAUCCCCGGUGUCAACGCCUCGCGCUGGCACCAUGCGCCCGGCGGCGAGCCUGAGGUCAUCGGCUCGGUUCCCGGCGAGGCGACGUCGCUGGCGGCGCUCGGCACAGCCGACGUCCCCAUUGCCGGCUCGCUCCACGAUGCCUACUUGGAAGCGUUUGCAUCGGGCGCCCUCGACACCGCGUCUUCGCUCAACCCGGGCCGCCCGCCGGUCUCGGUCGCGCGCUCGCUCAUUUAG